CAUUGCUGCUGCUGCUUAGGCCAACGUCCUGAUGGACUGUGGGCUGACAUGAAGGAUGUCUCCCUGGAGUACUUGUCAGCAAUCGGCCUGCUGGGUCCGGCUUCUGAAACCAAAACGGAAUUACUCGGAAGAAACAAUUCUGUAUUGUAGCACUUAAGGGUGGAGGGCUGGAGGCAAGUGGUCAGCCUCCGCAGAGAGAAUGUUGGAGAAGGAAGAAGCAGGAAUAGAAAAAGGGAGAGCGAGGAGCUGCUACACCUCCGGUCACUUGAUGGCUUAAUCUGUUUGAGCAACAAAGCUGCAUUGUGAGCAACCGCAGGCUGUGUUAAUCUGAACAAAUCACACAAUCAGUAAUAUUGUGCAAAACCGAAACCGUGCCGUUGCGCCCUCCACUGGAAAAAAUGUGCAUACUGGCCAGAAAGUGUAAGAAGGUGUUAGUGAUUAACCCUUGCUGUCAAGUCCACACAUACAAAGCAGCAGCAGGGUCGGAGUGCGGACACAGUUGAACUUUCUUAACACUUGCCGAUCAGUCACUUAUGAGCUACAAGCAAGAGGACAUAGUUUUGGGCUACAUUUGGUGCCAGCAGAAAGCAAAGGGUCCUACACAUAUAUAUAUAUAUAUAUAUAUAUAUAUAUAUAUAUAUAUAUAUAUAUAUAUGUUUCCGGAACCAGUGGAGACAUCGAACAACAUUUAAGAGAGCAGAACAUGGAUGCUUUUGAGGGAAUUCACAGUGUUCACAUUUCGUCCUCCCCACCACCCUCAACCUCCAGUCCAGCCUAUGAAGUCCUAAAGAGCAGGUCGGGAAUUGCUGUGUAUUCCUCUGCAGUGUUUUUUGGGGCGCCUUCACGCUCUAAGAACCUGUCCAGCAGGAGGAGAGGGGCUGACGAUCAAGGCUGUGUGGAAGGAAGACUUUUACACCAGGGCUAUUCAACUGGCAGCCCGGGUGCCGAAAACGACCCUGGAAUGACGACAGACUGGCUCCCGAGUUCAUUUCAAAACUUGUUGGUAGAUCUGGAUCCAGAGCCAGAGCCCAGGUUGGGGGGAAAAGGCAAAGGUGAGCCCUCAUCAGGACUAGACCAUGAUAUCGACUCCUGCCUGCGUAGCUCUUCGCUGGAAAUCCGAGGGAAAGAAAUUCGUGAAAAGGGCUCGGAGAUCCUCCGCGAACAACUGGAUGCUGCAAAGAGGGAACUGAAACUCAAAGAUAAGGAGUGUGAGCGUCUGUCUCAGGUCAGGAAUCAGCUGGAACAAGAGCUGGAGGAACUGACUGCCAGUCUGUUUGAGGAAGCUCACAAGAUGGUGCGUGAAGCAAAUGUCAAACAAGCAGCAUCAGAGAAACAACUGAAGGAGGCUCAGGGCAAGAUUGACGUCCUGCAAGCAGAAGUGACAGUGCUCAAGUCUCUGGUCUUGACGUCCACGCCGUCCUCUCCAAAUCCCCAGCUGCAUACCCAGCUGCAGCUUCCAGUCGCCUGGGGGGCGCAUAAAAUGAUCGCAGGUCAUACUCGCAACAAGAGUGUGAACGGCAGUUACCCGUCCCCACCUGGAAGUUCCGAAACAUCAUCUGUUUCUCUUCAGACUAUGGUCAAAGAGGACAGCGAGAUAGAUUCAGUUCUCUUUGCCGAAUUCCUGAUGUGGAAGGAAAAGCCCAGCCUGGAUCGCUCGUCUGCCCUCAUGAGUCGGAUCUACAGAGAGGAAAUAACACCCUCCCUCUCCUUUACGCGCUCAGAGCUGUCCCAGCUUGUGCAGAGUGCUGUGGAAAACAACUCUUUGACUAUUGAGCCUGUGGCCUUGUCAGCGUUACCAAUGGUGAAAGUCUCGGCAAUAGGGUGUGGAGGCCCUAAUGGCUGUAGGGCAGCAGUAGAGACAAAAUGUGCGUUAAGUGGCGUGUCACGACUGUGCAGACAUCGCAUUAAACUUGGCGACAAUGGGAGUUACUACUACAUCUCCCCCUCAAGUCGAGCACGGAUCACGGCGGUGUGCAAUUUUUUUACCUAUAUCCGCUACAUUCAGCAGGGCCUGAUCAGACACGAUGCGCAGCAGAUGUUCUGGGAGGUGAUGCGUCUCCGAAGAGAAAUGACUGUGGCCAAGUUGGGUUUCUACCUUACCGAGCAGGGUUAGGGCACCCAGUGGACCAGCGUGAGGAGAUAACCGCAACACAUCAGGCUUAAAAUGUGGUAAUUAAUCACAGCUUUAGUGCUGGAGGUCAGUUGAAAAAAUGCCCCGUCACAAGAAGAAAAUGGAAGGAAAAAGUAGUUUUUAUUAUGCUCAAAGACUUACAUCAAUAUUUAGUACUGCCUUACACCACAAGUUGCUUUGUAAAUAUUACCUGAAGGUGCAAUCAACACACAAACUCAGCCAUGAAAAUAUGUGCCAUGAGCCAGCAUUGUCUGGAAUUUUGCAAGCUUGAACUUCCUGUUCUUGAUGCCUUGUUAAGAAGCAGCAGCUGCAGUCUCGUGUUGGCUCGCCCUAUUUAAUUGAUGAAAUGUUCCGUCCUCCACAGCUGUGCUGUGCAACUGACAUGUAUUGGAAACGCUUUAAUAAACCAGACGAGUGACGUUUUGUACUUCUCAAA